CACUGACUGACACUGAUUGGCGGCACUGACUGGCACUGAUAGGUAACACUAAAAGGCAGCUUAGAUGGGCACUGAUAUGUGGCAUUGAUGUGCACUGGUAGGCACUGAAAUGUGGCACUGAUGGGCACUGGCAGGUGGCAUUGAUGAGCACUGACAGCUGGCACUGAUGGACACUGACAGCUGGCACUGUUGGGGCUACACAGAUCAUCAAGGCACACUGAUCAUCAGUGCCACGAUGAUCACUGUCAGCGUGACAGCUCAUGAGGAGAGAAAUGCCGAUAACCAGCAAUUCCCUAUUUACAUGUGAUCAGCUGUGAUUGGA